CGGCGGAGGAUCGUGGCGGAGGGAAUAAGCGGGUAACGCCACUUAAAGGCAAACUGAGAGGGUAGAAAGGAUGGCGGGAUAGACCGGACUGACGUUCAGUGCCGGUGAGCAGAACAGACACACAUCCAGUAGAGGAGGUUUUAAAUUCGACCAUGUUAGCAGCAGGUACUGGCAAUGGUUUUGGCACCACAGCUUGGUGGGGGUUUUCUCCAGCGCUCAAUUUGCAAGCAAUGGCUCUAGAAUCCUCCACGGAGCAUCUGAAACUAUCCCAGAAUGGCGUUCCUGAACUGAACAUCCUGCUAGUGGGAUCAAUAGAUGCACGACACAUCCUAAAAACGAUGAGUCAGAUGCAUCAGCAGCCUCAGAGAAAAAUCAGUUUCUAUGUUCUGGAGAACAAUCUGGAGGCUGUGAGUCGGCAGCUGUUGUUCUUGAACCUGGCUCUGGAGCCUCCAGACAAAAUGGGCCUACAAGAGAAGAGUGAGACAUUGUUGGAACUAAUGGGGAACACUCUCCUCCGGAACCAGACCGCUGCCUAUCUGCAGGAGAAAGCAGCCCUCUUCAUCCGUUACAUCACAGACUCUGACUUCCAGCUGGCUAAUCUCCCUGUUUUGGACUUCUCUGCACUCAAGUUCAGGGAACGGGACCAAUUAGAGGCUAUUUUUCAGUUCUGGCGGAAUCCAGACCCACAAGCUUUCCAGAUCAAGCAGCUUUGGGACCUGCGCCUCCGGCAAUAUCUGGGCACCCGUUAUGACUCUCGCCGUGGGGUGUGUGACUGGGAUCUCACCAUGAAACUGCAUGAGCAUGGGGCCAUAACAAUAAACUUCCAUGAGUUUUUCCAUUGGCGUAAUACAGGCGUGGCCUUUGAAAUGCGAGAAGCUACCUACGAUGUCCCCAACAAAACCUUGGCAUCUGGACGUCUCAUCAGACACAAAGGGGAACCCAUACCAGCCCGCGGAUACUGGGGAGAUAUUACCACUGGCCCAUAUAUCACAUUUGGCAUUGAAGCUGAAGAUCCCACUCUGCUGAAAACCAUCAAUGGCUGCCCUAGUAAAAAUGCACAAGAAAUCUCCUUGCACAAUGUCACCACCCUAUUGUAUGAACUGAGAUACCACAACCACUACGACCCUUUGGCCCCAUCUGAAGAGGGGAAAGAUGGUGAUGACUGUGCUGCAUUGUGUGCUACAAAAGGCCUUCCUGCAACAGAAGAUGUGUGUGUCCAUUUCCUGCCUCUUGACUGCCUUCCUGAACUCCAUCACAAAGCCAAAUAUCAACAGCUUUUCAAUCUCAUCUUCUUCUCUUGCAGCAUGGUGAAUUAUCUUAAACCAAAUUUGAGUCUGGUGUCAGCUCCAAAAGCCACUCUUAUUGUUGAGUUAACAAACUUCUUGCCUGACCUCACCAAAGAACAAGUGACUGAGUUCUCCUCCCGAGUGACUCACCUGGCAAGAGAUGCAGGAUUUGUGCCAGUUGCGGAAACAAACAAAAAAACUUUUUCCUUGUUUCAACUUGGAGACCAGGAGGUUGGAGAUAACCCCCAUGAGAUAAUUCCACCAGAGAUGGAAGUCCCUGGUCCCUGAGGCUUCCAUUUUCU